CGCAGACUGAGUUUGGCCCGCCCAUUGUGGAGUCGAUGCCGCAAGGGGAGUCCGGUCCUGUUCCGUCCCCCAUUGGUUGUCGUGCGCACAGGCUCCGCCGGGUCGGGGGUUUCUAGUGGAAGCUGAGGUGAGGACCUACCUUACUGAUCGGUUUGUGAGUGCGCGAAGAUGCGGAAGGUGGUUUUGAUCACCGGGGCGAGCAGUGGUAUUGGCUUAGCCCUUUGCAAGAGGCUUCUGGCAGAAGACAAUGAGCUUCACCUUUGUUUGGCAUGCAGGAACAUGGGCAAGGCAUCAUCUGUCAGUGCUACUCUCCUGGCCUGUCACCCCACUGCUGAAGUCACCACUGUGCAGGUGGAUGUCAGCAACUUGCAGUCAGUAUUCUGGGCUGCCAAAGAACUUAAGCAAAGGUUUCAAAGAUUAGACUAUGUAUAUCUAAAUGCUGGGAUCAUGCCUAACCCACAGCUAAAUAUCAAAGCGCUUUUCUCUGGCCUCUUUUCAAGAAAAGUGAUUCAUAUGUUCUCCACGGCUGAAGGACUUCUAACCCAACAGGAUAAGGUCACUGCUGAUGGGCUUCAGGAGGUGUUUGCAACCAAUGUCUUUGGACACUUUAUCCUGAUUCGGGAACUAGAACCUCUCCUCUGUCACAGUGAUAAUCCAUCUCAACUCAUCUGGACAUCAUCUCGGAAUGCAAGGAAAUCUAAUUUCAGUCUUGAGGACAUCCAGCAUAGGAAAGGCCAGGAACCCUACAGCUCUUCCAAAUAUGCCACUGACCUUCUGAAUGUGUCUUUGAAUAGGCACUUCAACCAACAGGGUCUGUAUUCCAGUGUGGUGUGCCCAGGGACAGUACUGACCAAUUUGACAUAUGGAAUUCUACCUCAGUUUGUAUGGACACUGCUGAUACCAUUGAUAUGGCUGCUUCGCUUUUUUGCAAAUGCUUUCACUUUGACACCGUAUAACGGAACAGAAGCAUUGGUUUGGCUUUUCCAUCAAAAGCCAGAGUCUCUCAAUCCCCUGACCAAAUAUAUGAGCGCUACUACAGGCUUUGGAAGUAAUUAUGUCACAGUCCAAAAGGUCUUUGAUCUGCUUUGAAAUAAGUGCAGAGUGAAAGAUGGACAUAGAUGAAGACACUGCUGAAAAGUUUUACCAAAACUUAUUGGAACUGGAAAAGCAUGUUAGGGUCAUCACCAUUCAAAAAUCAAAUCACCAGAGCUGACAG